AUGGCUUUGCUUCAAGCCGUAAUAGGCUUGCCGGUUCUGGUACUGGUGCUCGUCAUCGGUAAAACAUUCUACAGUGCCUUCCUACACCCUCUUAAGGUCAUACCCAGGACCAAAACUCUGGGCAGCCUCGAGGAUCCCCUUGAUCUACUGGAACACCAAGGCGCAAUUAUUCUACCGUGGUUUGCAUCUGCAUGA